GCCGCCGAGCCUCAGUCCUCCAGCGGCCACUGAGGUUGGAGUCACCCGGGGGGUAGUAUCCAGACAUCCAGCACCGAGCAGCAGCACCGCGGACACCGUCAUGGCUCUGACCGCCGACCCGACCUUCCAGAAGCUGCAGCAGUGGUUCAAAGCCAGCGGCGGCGGCCUGAACAUGCGGGAGAUGUUCGACCGAGACCCGGAGCGGUUCAGCAAGUUCAGCACGACUCUGAAGACGGACGACGGAGACAUUCUGCUCGACUACUCCAAGAACCUGAUCACGCAGGAGGUCAUGGACAUGCUGAUCGCCAUGGCGAAGUCGAGGGGAGUCGAGGAGGCCCGGGACAAGAUGUUCACCGGAGAGAAGAUCAACUUCACCGAGGUACGGCUCGUCAGUCUGAAGCUGUUGGUUUGUUCACGUUUCCCACCUGAGGUUUAAGCAGCCAAUCUGGACCAAUCAGCAGACAGCGUGCUGCUGAUGAGACGGUCGCAGGGACCUCUGAUGGUGACGGAGGCUCUGAAGCCGUACUCUGCCGAAGGACCAAACGUCUGGUUCGUCUCCAACAUCGACGGGACUCACCUGGCCAAGACUCUGGCUCACCUGAACGCAGAGACGACGCUGUUCAUCGUCGCCUCCAAGACCUUCACCACCCAGGAGACCAUCACCAACGCCGAGUCGGCCAAAGACUGGUUCCUGCAGACGGCCGGAGACAAAUCUGCUGUGGCCAAACACUUCGUGGCUCUUUCCACCAAUGCGCCCAAAGUGAAGGACUUCGGCAUCGACACGGCCAACAUGUUCGAGUUCUGGGACUGGGUCGGAGGUCGUUACUCGCUGUGGUCGGCCAUCGGCCUGUCCAUCGCCCUGCACAUAGGCUUUGAGAACUUCGAGCAGCUUCUGGCCGGAGCUCACUGGAUGGACCAACAUUUCCGCAGCACCCCGCUGGACCAGAACGUUCCCGUCCUGCUGGCCGUUCUCGGCAUUUGGUACAUUAACUUCUUCAAGGCAGAGACUCAGGCUCUGCUGCCCUACGACCAGUACAUGCAUCGCUUCGCCGCCUACUUCCAGCAGGGCGACAUGGAGUCUAACGGGAAGUACAUCACCAAAGAUGGCCGUCAGGUCGACUAUCAAACCGGACCAAUCGUGUGGGGAGAACCAGGAACCAACGGGCAGCACGCCUUCUACCAGCUCAUCCACCAAGGAACUCGUAUGAUUCCUGCCGACUUCCUCAUUCCUGCUCAGUCUCAGCAUCCAAUCAGAGACAGCCUCCACCACAAGAUCCUGGUGGCGAACUUUCUGGCCCAGACAGAAGCUCUCAUGAAGGGAAAAACUCCAGACGAGGCCCGAAAAGAGCUGGAGGCAGCCGGCAUGAAGGGAGACGCUCUGGAGCAGCUGCUGCCUCACAAAGUUUUCCAGGGAAACAAGCCGAGCAACUCCAUCGUCUUUAAGAAGCUCACCCCGUUCGUACUGGGAGCUCUGGUUGCCAUGUAUGAGCACAAGAUCUUUGUUCAGGGCGUCAUGUGGAACAUCAACAGCUACGACCAGUGGGGGGUGGAGCUGGGGAAGCAGCUGGCCAAGAAGAUCGAGCCGGAGCUGCAGGACGCCUCCCAGGUCUCCUCCCACGACUCGUCCACCAACGGACUGAUCAACUUCCUGAAGAAGAACUUCGCCUGAGCCCCGCCCCCUCCUCCCUGAUUGGCUGAAAGGUGUUACCCAGUCUUCACCUGUACCUGCACUUGCCCCGCCUCCUCCUCUGUGAUUGGCUGAGAUGUUACGAGUCUUCACCUGUAGAUGAACCUUAAGGGAAAAGUUUGUUCACGUCGACUGAAACCAUCACAUGUACCUGUAGGUGCCGACACACCUGGUCUGUCAAAAUAAAAGCCCCACGUGUCACCAA